AGUAUUUGUCAUUUUUCUUUCUGAAAGGGAUGGGGGAGACAGGGCCUUUCCUCUGAACUGGGAAUUUCUGGGCUUAAAGCACCUUCCUCCCACUGACCCCCAUCACACUUGCCAAUGCUGUUAAAUUCUCUGAACUGCAGCCAGCAGCAGCCACACCACAUGAGAACAGUGCUGGAGCUGUUAACAUGUCAUCUCCAGCUAUCUGCUGCUUCCCAAGCCACGAAUCCUUCUACUCCCAUCAAAAUCAGCUCAGGUGCCAGGUCUUGCUAACUGUAUCCAUGAGCUUGUGCAGAAAGUGGGGCUCCCCUAAACCCAGGGAGGCAGCGACUUCUGCUCACCCUUGGCUGCCUGCCCGGCACGACGGGGGAGCACAGAGUCCACCCAGUGCCCUCUGAAACACAGGGCUCCUCAGCAAGUUAGUUGCAAAGAUCCCUAGUGAGGGCUGCAGCUGUAUAAAAAUCCAAAGAUCUCAACACAAAAAAUCGUUGGGUCACUUUUCAAAGUCUGGUGCAACCCCCUGGGAACGACAAGAGGUGAAUAGGCAGAAAUGUCAAGACCAGUGCAAGCCCGGAGGCUCGAGGGCAUAGAUAAGAAUAUCUGGGUGGAGUUUGUAAAGCUGGCUGCCACCUACUCCAAAGUGAACCUGGGCCAGGGCUUCCCUGACUUCCCACCACCAGAUUUUCUGAAGGAAGCAUUUGAAAGAGCCCUCAGCAAGGAGAAAUACAUGCUGCACCAGUACACCCGUGUCUUCGGUCAUCCACCUCUGGUGAAUAUCCUAGCACAGCUUUUUGGGAAGCUGCUUGGACGAGACCUGGAUCCUCUGACCAAUGUGAUGGUGACUGUUGGGGCAUACCAGGCUCUUUUCUGCUGCUUCCAGGCUUUCGUUGAUGAAGGUGAUGAGGUGAUAAUCAUUGAGCCCUUCUUUGACUGCUAUCAGCCCAUGGUGAAAAUGGCUGGUGGGACACCCGUGUUUGUCCCACUGAGACCGAAACCUUCAAAAGAUAAAAAAUUGAUGUCUAGUGCAGACUGGCAGCUGGACCCAGCUGAACUGGCUUCUAAAUUCAGCAAACGGACAAAAGCCAUCGUCCUGAACUCACCCAACAACCCUCUGGGCAAGGUGUUCAGCCGAGGGGAGCUGGAGCUCAUUGCAGAGCUGUGUGUGAAACACGACGCCCUGUGCAUCAGUGACGAGGUGUACGAGUGGUUGGUGUACGACGGGAAGGAGCACGUCCGCAUCGCCAGCUUGCAAGGGAUGUGGGACCGCACGGUGAUCAUCGGGAGUGCUGGGAAAACCUUCAGUGCCACUGGAUGGAAGGUGGGCUGGACUGUGGGACCUGACCAGCUGCUGCAGCACAUCCGAACCGUGCACCAAAACUCAGUGUACCACUGUGCCACAAUUGCCCAGGAGGCUGUGGGUCAGAGUUUCCAGAGGGAGCUCGAGCUCUAUGGGAAGCCAGAAAGCUACUUUGUCCAACUAGCCAAAGAGCUGCAGCAGAAGAGAGACUGGCUGGUGCAGAGCCUGGAUGCUGUGGGGAUGAAACCCAUCAUCCCCGAGGGCACCUACUUCUUGGUGGCAGACAUCUCUGAGUUCAAAUCUGAUGUCCCUGAUGUCCCCAACUCCAAGGAGCCUUAUGACUACAGAUUUGCAAAGUGGAUGGUCAAGAACAAGGGAAUUGCUGCCAUCCCUCUCUCUGCUUUCUACUGUGAGGCCCACAAGAACAACUACAACCAUUUUGUCCGGUUCUGCUUCGCAAAGGAGGAAGCCACACUGAAGGCAGCUAAUGAUAUAUUGCAAAAAUGGAAACAGGAGAAAACCAGCCCCUGAGCACACUGGAGAGUGAACCAGACUCUCCUUCAUCCUCACUUGCCACAACUGCUCUUCCUCCUCUUCUUUUGCUUGGCUACAAACUUUGGGACAUUCUUAUUUUUGUGCUUUCAACUACAUUUUCUGUCAGACAAACGGGUAAGAGAUUUGCCAGGCCCUGAGUCUGGGGGACACUUUCUGUCACUGUGAAAUGAUUGCACUUUCACAAUCAUUUUGUGAGAGUGAGUCUCCACAUCUGCUGCCAGUAUUCAGUGUUCCUGCUUAGUAUGUUUAAAGACUUUGCUAAUCAAUUCUGGGUGCAUCCAGCAAAACACAAGGUAAGGAUGGCUCCUGGGGUCUUUUUCUCCACCAAAUUCUGCACAGAUGUUUUAGAACCUACCUUGAAGGCUGUUCUGGUUACUGGGGCUUCUCUGGCUCCGCAUCCUCACUCACAUACCCCAGGGUGCAGGUGCAGGACAGCAUUUCCACCAGCAUUCUCACAGGACUGUGCUCAUCAGCAGGUUGAUUCCUAUGAACCUGAAAAUUAUCAACCCAGUGGAAUGCUGUUUUCCAUAAUUGGCUUUUUUUUUUUUUUUUUUACUUUGCAUCUCAGAAGAAAGUGAUCACAGAAUUGGUAACUGGCUCUCCCAAGGCUUCCAUAAAUAGCCUGGCUAUUGUCAAACCUUCCCUGUGCACCCCCAAACCUCUCCCCAUACUUUGUCAGGGCUUGAGAAGCACAGGCAGUGGCUGGGGAGGAAGGGCUCAGGCUGCUCCUACUGCUGGUGACCCCCACAGCCUCCCACCCACCAGGUUGGUGGGGUAACACGAGCAGUGUUUUGGAAGGUAAUUCUUGCAUCAUUCUUGAUUUAAAACUGGAUAAGAAUGUAAACCAGCAUCAUCAGUCACGCAGGAGUGAUGUGCAACAGCCCGUACGAUGUUUGUGGAGGUUUAUUAAAGAUUAAUUACUGCAGUUAUU